UGCUAGUAUAUAUAGACAACUGACUUGGUAUGCGUUUCCUAAAAUUUCCGUCGAAGAUAUCGGUAUAUCCAUGGUGAGUCGCUCCCCAUGACCUCCUCUCUCAGCCCUCAAGCACCCACGAUUCCCUCUAUAGUCCGACGCUGCCGCCAUCACCGUCGCCUACGUACACAUUCUCUCUUAGUCUCUCUCCUCUCCAAACAAUCAUUUCCCCAGAUGAGAUGAGCACCACCACCGACAUCCUCCACGGAGCCACCGUCAUCACAAAUUAGUCCACAUUCCACGGUCCAGAGGAAAAUUAUAUGAUAUAGUCAAUCAUUCGUAGGAGGAAACGAAAGAUUACAAAGAUUUCUGAUUUAAUUUUUGGUAUUAAGGUGCAUGCUAGAAUGGCAUGGUUCUUGAUUGUUUCUUCAGCGAUUGUACUUUGGGUAGCUUCGUUAUUCAAAAUUAUUCACGGCUCAUAUUCGCUUCCCAAGGGCACUUUUUUGAAUAAUUUGAAAAAUGGUGGCAGUUUCAACAAGAGAAAUGUUUUGUUCGUUGUUGCCCACCCAGAUGACGAGUCCAUGUUCUUUACUCCAACAAUAAACUAUCUGACCUCGAGAGGGCAUAAUGUUCACAUUUUAUGCUUGUCAAUUGGUGAUGCAGAUGGCAAGGGAACUACAAGAAAAGAAGAGCUCUACCAGGCUUCUGCAAUUCUCAAGGUUCCGCAUCAACAAGUGUCGGUUCUGGAUCAUCCAGAUCUUCAGGAUGGUUUUGGCAAAGUUUGGAACGAUAGCAUAUUGGCAAAUAUUAUCGAAGAGGAAAUUACAAGAAACAGCAUUGACUUGAUAAUUACUUUUGAUAACUACGGAGUUUCAGGCCAUUGUAACCACCGUGAUGUGCAUUAUGGGGUAAGGACAAGAAUCUGUGCACCAGAUCCUAAUAACAAAUUCCUAAAUAUGUUUGAUAUUUAUGACAGAUGUUACAAAAAAGUUAAGACCAGGAAACUCUUACAAGCUUCGUCACAAAGGAAAAUUGAAGCCUGGGAACUCGUUAGUACAAACAUAUUUCGCAAGUAUAGCGGACCAGUCGAUAUCUGGCUGUCCAGUUUAAAUCCCAUGCAAUCCUCACAUGAAGUGGUGCAUUGCUUGCUCAAUGAGCAGCCCAGAAAGAGCUUCCUAGCGAUGGCACAACAUUCCAGCCAAUGGGUUUGGUUCCGCAAGCUGUUUGUAGCAUUUUCCAGUUACACGUAUGUGAACACGCUUAAAAAAAUGUAGUAGCCACAUGGUAGAUGUUCUGUUUCUGUGGAUAUACUGCCACUGCCAGCUGCGGAUAUGUUUUUUUCUUUUUGUUCGUGUCCUUACUUUUAGAGUUUCUUUUUGUUCGUGUGGAUACACUGAUUUGCAAAUUUUUGAUUGCAUCCGGGAUAACCUUUCAUCUAUGAAUUUAAGCGAGCAAUACAAUAGCAAUCCUAUCGAAUGGAAUAACUCUUUUGUUCUGCC